AUGUGUUGUUGCCAUUGCUCAUGUCUCUAUCGAAAUUUACCAUUUCUUCAUGGUUUAACUGGUUUCCUCGAAAUGAUUCUUGGUAUAAUCCGCCUCGCCAUUUUCUUUUCAUCCAACCCGCGAAAACAGUACACAGCCAAAUACAAUGCUGCGUUCAUUGUCGAUUGGAUUAGUUCUAUUGUUCCAACAUUAGUUGGUUUAUUUACUGCUCUAAUCAUUCUUCUGAUUCUACUCAAACUUCUUGCUGCGUGCUGCAGAGCUGCUAGCGAUAGCAAUAGUGGAAGUAGUAGUAAAGGUUUAGUACGUAAACUACUUCAGAGCAAAAGUAUUCGCCGUUUUCUUGUCAUGGAUUGUAAUUGCCCGUGGUACAAAUCAAGACCUCGACGUCGUUUUCAAAUUCGCUUCCUCCUGCUCUUCAUUUUUUUCAUUCUACGUAUCACCGCCAUUGGACUGUAUGCUACAGCUCCUUCGACCGAUGACGGCGCAGUGCUUGCCGUAGUAUGUGCAUUUUCAUUGAUCUUUAUAUUUAAUACGCUAUGUUUGGAUUUUUAUCGAUAUUGGGUUUGGUGGCAUUAUACGCCACAACGUGAUACUCGCUGCCAUUUAAAGUCAAGCAAACACGAAAGAUUUAUACCUUAUCAUAUGAUGGGCUUUUACCGUGAUGCUCAGACAUUCGGAGAUCGCCCAUGUACUAGUACUCCAUGUCAUAAGAGAACACUCGAUCAUAUUGCCGUUUUUCAUUCGCUUGAUUUUGAACCACUACCACGCUGGAGGGAUAUCGAGAAACCGCCCCUUGAUGGUCCACCACAAAGUAAAAUACCCUGUAUCAAAUCGAAAGAACUAGAUAAUCAACCACAUUAUAUUGGAUUUCAUACCACCGAUCCAGAUGCUGCUGUUUCCAUUGCGCACAGUGAUUUUCGGACAGGUACUUGCGGAUGGAUUGGCGCUGGUGCAUACUUUGCCCGGUCAGUUCAAGCCACUUGGAGAAAAGCUAAAAGUGAUGGUGGUGCUCAUAUUAUCGCUGAAAUUAGAAUGGGUAGAGUCUUUGAAGUGGAACGCGACGUCAUAACGAAAGGUCACUCAAGAUUCGAUCCGCAAAUCUAUGACUAUGCUCAUCAUUCCAAAUGGCAUGCUGAUUAUGAUACAUGUUACAUGCUCCAGGAUCCGUCGAGUGGGGAUGAAUUCGCUAUAAAAGAUCCUGCUAAGCAAAUUGUCAAAUGGGUUGUAGUUGUUGAACCAGAUUUCGAUCCCAAGGUGGAAAAAUAUGGACUUUUGGAUGAAUUUGAACUGACGAGGUGUGGAUGUAUUUAA